AAUUUAUCAUACAGUAACUAGUGAGAACUUAUUGAAAAAAAAAAACUCAAUAAUAUCUACCAAUUCUUCUCACCUAAUCCAAUUUAAUUGCUUUCACUAGGUUCGCAACAAAAAAAUCAUGGCCCAAAUAGUAGGAAAAUAUGUUCAUGUGAAAAGUGAGAAUCUGGAUGAUUACUUUAAAACCGUUGGUGUGCCUUACAUUGCCAGAAAAAUGAUGGGCGCCUCCAAUCCCACAAUGGAAAUUACAAAAUCAGAAGACGAGAAAUGGACCAUCACUAUAAGUACCGUAUUUAGAACUGUUGUCUACAGCUUUAAGUUAGGCGAAGACUAUGAAGAAACUAUGCCUGGAGCUGUAUUGAAAUGUAACACUACUCUUGACGGAAACAUUAUGACUACUAAAUGCAUUUCUCCUGAUAAAUCAGAAACUACUAGGACUUAUGUGUUUAAUGAUGAUGGACUAACUUUGAACUACAAACACCACAACUCUCAAAAGGAAGCUGUAAGAUAUUACAAGAGGCAGUAACGAAUUUAUCCUAAUGGUUCUUCUAUGUGUUAAUAAUUUUAAGGAUAUUAUAUUAUACUCUGUGGUUUAAUCAAUAAAAAUCUGUUAACUCUCUCUUAA